AUGGCCUCACUAUCACAGGCCUUGAACCCCAGUAGGAGAUUGCCAAACACAAAUAUCCCAUCACUUGCCGGCCUUACAUGUCACAGACUUCAUUCUUGUGUUUACAUCCACAAGAAUAACACCUGCCACCACCAGCCACCACCACUCAACACAAUAGGCAGUACCAGAGUGGUUAGCAAAUUUUACGGCAGUUUGCCUUCGCCCACUAACCGUGCAACACUGAGAUAUGGGUUCCCGAGGGCGCCUCAUCUUCGUGUAGCUGCAGAGUCAUGGCCACCGCACGUGGAAGUCUUCUCGGAAGGAGGUCAUUCCACCGCCAGAGGACCAAUGAGCAACUUACUCAUCGCUCUGUCGAAGUCGCUGAAUUUUACGUACAGCAUCGUGCAAGGUGACGGCUACUGGGGCGCACUGCAAGCAAAUGGGUCAUGGAAUGGAAUGAUAGGUUUGCUGCUUACAAAGAAAGCAGACAUUGGCCUGGGCCCUUUUGGUAUCUCCCCCGUCAGGUUUGAGGUCGUGGACUUCACCGUGCCUGUCUUCAGCCAAAAUCUUUACGCUUUGGUCAGUCGGCCCAAGCCAGAGCCAGAGGUCUGGGGAUUUCUCUCUCCUUUUACGUGGUACGUGUGGUUCAGUCUGCUGAUCUCCAGCGUUCUGACAUCGGCUGUGUCUACGGCUUCGGCAAGAGCGUUGGAGGCUGAAGAAAUGCCUACUGCUUUUUUGAACCAUCUCUUGAUCUCCUACCAAAUCUUCAUUGGACAAGGCGUGAGUAUCAUGCCUAAGAGUUCGUCCCUUCGUCUGACGAUGUUGUUGUGGCUCGUCUUCGUUUUCGUCGUCACCAGAAGUUACAGUGGCUCCAUGACUUCGCUUCUAGCUGCAAAAACGAUUACAAUCAAGUACAAUUCCAUCAGAGACAUUCUGGAUGAUCCCAGUAUGCAAAUUAUGAUGGAAAGCGCCACGGUGCUCUCUGAUCACGUUCAGUUACUCUAG